AUGCAAGUCCUUCUCCUCGGCGGCCAUGGCAAAGUUGCCCUCCACCUAACCCCACUCCUCCUCAAGCGCGCUUGGAACGUAACCAGCGUGGUGCGCAACCCCGACCACGAAAGUGAGAUUCUAGCCUUGGGCAAGGGCCUCAAAGGCAAAGUGAACGUACUCAUCUCCAGCCUGGAAGACGUGAAGAGCGCAGGCGAUGCACAGAAGAUCAUUGACACCGUGAGCCCAGACUAUGUGGUCUGGUCGGCUGGCGCGGGCGGCAAAGGCGGCCCAAACAGCACAAUAGCGAUCGACCAAGAAGCUGCCAAACACUUCCUAACAGCCUCCUUCGCCACAAAAGGCAUAACAAAAUUCCUAAUGGUCUCCUACCUGGGCAGCCGCAAAACGCAACCAACCUGGAUGCCAGACGACCAAUGGGCGGGGAUCGUGCGCAUGAACAGCGAAAUCCUGCCCACCUACGCAAAAGCCAAGCAAGAGGCCGACGAGUACAUGACCGCGCUCGCAGCGCAGCGCAAGCGUGAUCCCUCUGCGGGUCACUUCCAGGCUAUUAACCUUCGUCCUGGGAUUUUGACUGAGGAGCCUGCUACAAGGAAGGUUGAGUUGGGGAUUACGGCUAAUGGAAGGGGGAGUGUUACCCGGGAGGAUGUUGCUAUUGUUGCGGAUGAGUUGCUUGCGCGGGCUGAUACUGAGGGGUGGCUUGAUCUUGUUAAUGGGGAGGAGGAGAUUAGUGAAGCUGUUGAGAGGGUUGCGAGGGAGAAGGUCGAUGCUGUUGCUGGGGAGGAUGUUGAGGGGAUGGUUAAGCGGUUCUUUGGUUAA